GCUCCCGGGGGGAGAUGCCCGCCGUCUGUAGCAGAGCCACCCUCCUCUGGGGCAGGAAUACGCUGUUCCUUGUGGGCCCCAUCUGCCUCCUGCUGCCUUUAGCUAUCGCCGGGCGCAGCUCCGAAGCCUAUUGUGGAUUUAUUGUGAUCUUGAUGGCUGUAUAUUGGUGCACUGAAGUCAUCCCGUUGGCUGUCACUGCCCUCCUUCCCAUCUUACUCUUCCCACUCUUUGGAAUCAUGCCGUCGAAACAAGUGUGUAUGCAGUACCUGAAGGACGCCAAUAUCCUCUUCAUUGGGGGGUUAAUGGUGGCCAUAUCGAUUGAACACUGGCAUCUUCACAAACGGAUCGCCCUGAGAACCCUCAUGUUUCUGGGUGUCAAACCAGCUCUGUUAAUGUUGGGGUUCAUGGCUGUGACGUCAUUCCUAUCGAUGUGGAUCAGUAACACAGCCACGACAGCAAUGAUGAUCCCCAUCAUACAGGCCGUGCUGCAGCAGCUCACCAGCAGUGAUGUGGAGGCAGAACAAACUGAUUUGGAAAGUGCAGGGCCAACCAAUGACUUGGAACUGGAGACAAAGAGCUCCAAAAAUGAACUGGACUCGUCAGGUCUCUGCAUACAACCCGUGAUGAUGAGUGAGGAUUUGAAUAUGUAUAAAGCUCUGACCCUGUGUGUCUGCUACGCAGCCAGUAUAGGGGGUACGAGCACUCUAACUGGCACUGGCCCCAACUUGGUGCUGAAGGGACAACUCAUCCAGAUUUUCCCAGAAAGCGGAGAAGUGGUUAAUUUCGCCUCGUGGUUUGCAUUCUCGUUUCCCAACAUGCUGAUUAUGUUCGUUCUCAGCUGGUUAUGGCUGCAGGCGUUAUUCCUGGGACUCAAUUUUCGGAAGCUGUGGGGCUGGCGAAUCCCAAUUACCCCAAAGGAGAAGAGAGCUAAUGAUGUCAUUGUGAGAGAGUACAAGAAGCUGGGGCCCAUGUCCUUCGCAGAGAAAGCUGUGCUCGUCCUCUUUGUCCUGGUGGUACUGCUCUGGUUCACACGGGAGCCUGGCUUCGUCCGAGGCUGGGGAUACCUCUUAUUCAAGAGCAACGGCAAAGGAUACGUCAAUGAUGCUACUGUGGUCCUGACCAUCGCAAUCCUCAUGUUCAUGAUUCCAUCGAAGAAACCAAACUUCACACCAUGGAAUCGGAUGCAGCAGAGCUCGAAGGAGGAUAUCACAGAACAGGAGGUAGCGAGCCCGAGACUCCUGAGUUGGGAUGUUGUUCACCAUAAGCUGCCCUGGAAUGUGGUAUUCCUGUUGGGAGGAGGCUUUGCGCUGGCUAAAGGCUGUGAGGUUUCUGGCCUUUCCAGGUGGUUGGGGAAUCAGUUACUGCCCCUCCAGACCAUUCCCCCAUGGGCCAUUGUGGUUAUCUUGUGUCUGACAGUUGCUAUCUUCACAGAGUGCACCAGCAAUGUCGCUACAGCUACCCUCUUCCUCCCUGUCCUGGCUUCAAUGGCCAUCACCAUCCGGCUGAAUCCUCUGUACGUGAUGAUCCCGACCACUUUAAGCACUUCCUUUGCCUUCAUGUUGCCUGUUGCUACACCCCCCAACGCCAUUGUGUUCUCCUACGGUCACCUCAUGGUCCUUGAUAUGGUCAAGGCUGGGCUCAUGCUGAACAUCAUCGGAGUGGCCAGUGUCACUCUCGCCAUCAACACCUGGGGUCGGCUCAUGUUCAAUCUGGACAGCUUCCCCGAAUGGGCUAACGUCACCCAGAGAGAGUGAGACCGGGAGCAUUUUUAUUCCGUCAUGUGGGAGCCGGAGGGUAUUGAGGUGGGAAAUGGGGAGAGUGGAGCAUUAGACGCUGUGACCUACACACAGUGAAUCCUAGAGAGAUGUGACUGGGCCAAGUGUGAUGUAUGGGGCAUAGAUCACUUGACUGAGCGGAAUGAUAAGUGUGUUGAUUAAAAGCCUGAAUUAUCUCCAAUAGCUGUAGCCUUUAGUUGGGUUCCUUGGUUUCCAAUUCUUCCACAGCCUUGUCCCUCCGUCACUCUGUAACGUUGUCUGGACCCACUAACCGUCCAAGAUCUCUGCACUGUGCACUUUUGGCCCCUUGGUCACUGACGUUACUGACUCCAUUGCCUGUAGCCAUUCCAUCAGCUGCUUGGGCUCUGAGCUCUGACAUACCCUCCCUCAGCCUCCCCACGUUUCUCGCAAACUCUGCUUCCCCCCUCCCCACCCCAACCCACUGAAGAGAUGCCUCUUUUUCAAACUACUGGUCCCCAAGCUCAUUAUAGCUGUGUGUGAGUAUUUGCUGAACAAUACGCCUGUGAAUUGUGUGGAAUGUUUUACUAUCUCGAAGGCGUUAUACAAAUGCAAGUUGUGUUUGCUCAGUCCUGGAUGAAACUGAGUGAGGUGACCAGUCUGGGUACCUGGAUCUGUCACCUGUUAUCAGCCUGGAAUUGAGAAUUGUUCCUCACUGUUUAUACCCCUCAGUUCAACAAAACAGAAAAGAUUGUCAAAUCCAGUGAAAAUACAAGAGGGUGUCAGUGUCACAUUCUGUCUAAUGUUUGUUUUGUGUUCAAUCAGUACAUUCUUUUAGAGCCUGUCUCCUCCAUUUCUUCUGUUUUAGAUCAAAACCUUUUCAAUAAAGUGGCCUUUGAAAAUCAGUCAGUGUUAA